GUUUUCCUCUUCCCGUCGAGUUCCAGUACACUUCGACUCGUCGCCCUCUCUAUGUUCCCUUCUAUCAGCCGCCUCGCCCGCUCCCUCUGAUCUCCUCCUACGCGAACCCUCAGCCCCGAAGAAGCCGACGAGGUAAUCCCGCGCCUCCGCCAUGGGCGACAGCCAGUACUCCUUCUCCCUUACCACCUUCAGCCCGUCGGGUAAGCUGGUGCAGAUCGAGCACGCGCUCACGGCCGUCGGAUCCGGCCAGACCUCGCUUGGUAUCAAAGCCGCUAAUGGUGUAGUUAUUGCCACCGAGAAGAAAUUGCCCUCUAUUUUAGUGGAUGAAACAUCUGUGCAAAAGAUUCAGUCGUUGACUCCAAAUAUUGGAGUUGUCUACAGUGGGAUGGGUCCAGAUUUCCGUGUUCUCGUGAGAAAAAGUCGGAAGCAGGCACAACAGUAUUAUCGGCUGUACAAGGAAACUAUCCCUGUUACACAGCUUGUCCGAGAGACGGCUGCUGUUAUGCAGGAGUUCACACAGUCUGGUGGUGUAAGACCAUUCGGUGUAUCACUGUUGAUUGCUGGGUAUGAUGACAAUGGCCCGCAGUUGUAUCAGGUUGACCCAUCGGGAUCAUACUUCUCCUGGAAAGCAUCAGCUAUGGGAAAAAAUGUGUCAAAUGCGAAGACUUUUCUUGAGAAAAGAUACACAGAAGAUAUGGAGCUUGAUGAUGCCAUCCAUACUGCAAUUUUGACUCUCAAAGAAGGAUUUGAAGGACAAAUCUCUGCCAACAAUAUUGAAAUUGGAGUUAUUCGAGCUGACCGUGAAUUCAAAGUUCUAACCCCAGCAGAGAUCAAGGAUUUCUUGGAAGAGGUGGAGUAAGUUGGACGUUGACAAUGUACUGUAUCCAACAAGAAAAGUGACCGAGCAGUCUGCAUGAAGCUUGUCUCAUGUUUUAAAUUGGAGUUAUUGUGAACUGAUUUGCUCCAGUGAUACCAGACGAACCUGCAUUUGAAUCCUUGUGAAUGCACAUUGUAGACAACGAAGAUAACUUAAUGUUAGGUGCAUGCUUUAUUUUGGUCCAAAAUCUCACAACGAAGAUAACUUAAUAUUACGUGCAUGUUUUAUUU